AUGGCUGGUAAAAGAUGGCAAGGUGGAAAGGACGGAGCCAUGAUAAAAAAGCGAAGAUUUGGACGCGCGAGUUCAUCCUCCGCGAAUAUUCCGUACGGUGCUAAAGGAUUUCUAAUAUCCAGCGACGUCGGAAAAGAGAAACAAACGGCACGCGAUUUGAUGCGGGUAAUGUUGGACAUUUACGACGAUAUCGUACCUCCCGACGAGAAGGAUGCUGAUAUGCCAAAAGAAGAAGAAGAAGGAGAUGAUGUUGAUGCGGUUGAAAAGGAGAAGCAGAAACCUACGCCGCCGGUGUUAUCGGUCGAGGACGCGUUGAAAUCCGAAAUCGAAUCAAUUAAAGAGGACGAUAAGCUUGAAAAUAAGAAAUUCAAAAUCGUAGACUUAGAUAUGAAAGCGUGCAUAUUUGUUUUGAUGUCAAAGGACGCAGCGAGCAAGGCAGAUCCAUCGGAAAUGGUCGUUCGGUACUUGAGCGAGGUGAAAGAAACGUCUCGCACGCGUUCGAGAUUUAUAGAGCGCAUAUUACCAGUCCAGGACGUGUGCUUCGCAAGCAGUGAGGAGAUUAAAGCACAUGCGAAACCUAUCAUCGAUAGAUUUUUACCAAAUAUAGAAGUUGACGGUGAAACGAAAGAAGACCGAGUGAAAAAGUCAACGUUCUCCGUCGUCUUUGGCUCUCGCUAUAACAACAGCGUCCCGAGAAUGGAGGCCAUCGACGCAAUUGCGCAGCAAGUCAGCGCAGACUUUCACAAAGUGGAUUUAGGGGAUCCCCGCGUCGCGUUCACAUGUGAUCUGAUCAAGGGAUGUUGCGUGCUUGGAGUGGCGAAAGAGUGGAAAAAAUUCGAUAAAUACAACGCGCGAAUUUUAGCUUUGUCGGAAGAAGACAAAAACGAAUUAAAGAAAACCAACGUGGCACCCCCGCGGACGAAGACGGGAGUAUCAGAAUAA